GUCGGAGCGCCCGGUCCGCAGCUUCCCCCUGGCCCGCGGCCCAAGAUGAUUCCAGCAGUGAUCUUGCUCUUACUCCUUCUGAUUGAACGAGCAGCGGCCCUGCAAGAGCCUCAGCUCUGCUACAUCCUGGAUGCGAUCCUCUUUUUGUAUGGCAUUGUCCUCACCUUGCUCUACUGUAGGCUCAAGAUCCAGAUGCGAAAGGCAGUAACCAGCCAUGAGAAGUCAGAUGGCAUUUACACGGGCCUGAGCACUCGGACCCAGGAGACUUACGAGACCCUGAAGCACGAGAAGCCACCAAAGUAGCCGUGGAAUGGAUGCCUUCCAUCUCAUGCUUCUCUUCUGAAUCCUCCUCCCCACCCACAUGGGGGGCAUUCACCUAAACUGCCCCCUCUGCAAUUAAUACCACUGGACCCCACUCCUAUACUGACUCUCACUGCUCAUCAGUGCUCACCAGUGGGUCCUCCUCCUGUCAGAGGCUUAUGCUCAAAUGCUGUUCAUUAACGUCCAAGGCUUGCCCCUUGCCCUACUCUUCCCCAUCCCCAACUUCUGCUAAGCAAGGCCACGAGACUUCCUCCAAUAAAGCCACGGCACACUGA